AUGGCUGUGACUCCGCAGCCCUGGCUGACCCGUAUUAAUUGGCAGCCUGACUUUCGACGAAAGAUCAGUGAAUCUCUCUUCGUCCCCGCCAUGGAAGCCCUACGUUUGCGCAAGAAAUACCCUGAAGUCUCCCAAGAUGAAAUGUUUGAUCUUAUCAACCGCUUCAAUGCGAUCCAGACCGACACACCAGGACGUAUCGACAAGGCUGGUGUUCUCCAAGCAUUGCAAGCGAAUGGAGAAUCAUACGAUCACGCUCGAGAGACGUUGAAGCACGUUAGUGUCGAUGCUAGUGGGAAGGUCGAGCUAGAAGAUUGGGUGGAGUUAAAUGUGAAACUCAGGACACAAGCACCAGCCGUCCUUCCAUCAAGCAAGGGCAAGGUCACUGUUCAGGGCUCGAACUCAAACGUCAGCCAUACGAUCAACGAGGACGAGCGGGCAGAAUUCACAAAUCACAUCAACUCAGUUCUUGAGGGCGAUCCCGAUGUCGCCUCUCGCCUCCCCAUACCUACGAACACCAUGCAGCUUUUCGACGAAUGUAGAGACGGUCUCAUCCUCUGUAAACUUAUCAACGACUCUGUUCCCGACACCAUCGAUCCCCGAGUGCUAAACAAGCCAACUGCUCGGAAGCCCUUGAAUGCGUUCCAGAUGACCGAGAAUAACAACAUUGUUAUCACGUCUGCCAAGGCGAUAGGCUGUUCGGUUGUCAACAUUGGGUCGUCAGAUAUUGCAGAAGGUCGCGAGCAUCUGAUCUUGGGUCUUAUUUGGCAGGUCAUCCGGCGCGGACUGCUCGCGCAGGUUGACAUCAAGAUCCACCCAGAGCUGUACCGGCUGUGUGAGGAGGGCGAAACGAUCGAAGACUUGCUCAGGUUGACUCCAGACCAGAUCUUGCUCAGAUGGUUCAACUACCACCUCAAGCAGGCAGGGUGGAAGCGAAGGGUGAACAACUUCAGUCGGGAUGUUUCGGACGGUGAAAAUUACACUGUUCUGCUUAACCAGCUCAAGCCAGAGCAGUGUUCUCUUUCUCCACUCCAAACACGCGACACGCGGCAGCGGGCAGAGCAAGUACUCCAAAAUGCUGAUGCCAUCGGGUGCCGAAAGUAUCUUACAGUUUCGUCUUUGGUAUCUGGAAAUCCCCGGCUGAACCUCGCGUUUGUUGCGAAUCUAUUCAACAACCACCCUGGCCUUGCGCCUUAUGAUGAACAGGAGGCGAAAGACUAUGGCGCGGUAGAGGACUUCGACGCAGAGGGCGAACGUGAGGCGCGUGUGUUCACGCUUUGGCUGAACUCACUUGGUGUCGAUCCGGGCGUGUUCAACCUGUUUGAGAAUCUCCGAGAUGGCGUGAUCAUCCUGCAGGCGUUCGAUAAAAUCAUGCCCGGCAGUGUCGUGUGGCGGCGAGUGAGCAAGCCAAAAGCGGGCGCAGUGCAGGACAGUUAUGCUGCAGGCGGAGAUGGCGAGGAGGAAGAGGAUAUCGGUGUCACGCCGAACCAGUCGAAGCUGUCCCGUUUCAAGCAGGUCGAGAAUUGCAACUAUUCGGUGGAGCUCGCAAAACAAAAUGGCAUGCACAUGGUCGGAAUCCAGGGCGCCGAUAUCGUGGAUGGGACAAAAACUCUUGUGCUCGGGCUCGUAUGGCAGCUCAUGCGGUUCGUUCUUACUGCUUAUUAUCGCUUUAAUAUGUCCCUGAAUACACUCUCUAGACUCAGCAUUGUCAAAACUCUGUCCUCGAUCUCCGGUAAGGGACGUCCGAUUAGCGACACGGAGAUCCUGAAGUGGGCAAACACAACUGCACAAAAGGCCAAGCCCGGCGUGCGGCCUAUCAGGUCAUUCAAAGACCCUUCCCUUACGACCGGAUUAUUCUUCCUUGACCUGCUCGAGGCUCUCCGCCCUGGCAUCGUGGACCCGAGCUUAGUCAUUCAAGUCAGUGAGGCGGGAGAUUAUGAGGAUCGUCGACAGAAUGCGAAACUGGCCAUUUCGAUUGCAAGAAAGAUGAAUGCACUGAUCUUCCUCGUACCAGAAGAUAUUGUCGAUGUGCGCCCGCGUUUGAUCAUGACAUUUGUCGGCAGUCUGAUGGCCAUUGGAAACCAAUGA